AUGUAUCUUCGAACACUGUCAUUAGAUGUUAUUAAUCGAAUAGUAUCCAAUGGAAGUACCGCAUUGCAUGCCACAGCCUAUUAUGGCCAUUAUACUAUUGUUAAAUUACUAUUGGAACGCGGUGCUCUGCGUGCACAGCAGAACAAAUCUUAUCAUCUCACACCGAAAGCAGAAGCAAGCAAUCCGGAAAUCAAAGCAUUAUUCGAUCGACAAGAAUAUUCGAAUGAACGCCGUUUCGGUGGCAAAUCACUUAAUAUUGGAUGGAUUGUCGCUGAUCCUAAUAUACUGGAACGAGCAAGCAAAUAUCGAAGACGAUUGGAAAAAAUGAGUAAUAAUCUAAAAUAUUCAGUGAACAUAAUUGUCCAGGAAUACAUUAAUAAACUACCAUCGACGUCAUCUGUUGACAAUAACACUAUAGAAUGUCUUCGAUUAUUAUUUCGUCAAGCGCGUGACAACGAUGAUCCUAUACAUUGUGUUAAAGCGUACACAAUGCAAAGUCUAUUUUAUAAACGUUUGAAUGAAGACUUGGCAGAAACAUUGGAUCGAGUCAAAAAUAUGAUAAUAAUUGCAGGAACUUCAUACCUUUAUUUGUUGAUAUUUCGACCUUUAACCGGUCAUUUUCAAAAACAUAAAUAG